GAUCUACCUGGUUGUGGAACGGGCGGGUGGGAGAAAGAAGAAGACGACUCCUUCCGAGCUGCCGCUUGACCAUGUGGAGGAAGCCGGGGCUGGAGACCUGCCUUGUGGUGGCUUUUUUACUUCUGAACAGCGCUGCAACACGAGCACAAGAUGACGUACCACCUUAUUUUAAAACCGAGCCCAUUCGCUCACAGAUUCAUUUGGAGGGAAACCGCCUGGUCCUGACAUGUAUGGCAGAAGGGAGCUGGCCUUUGGAAUUCAAAUGGUUGUACAACAAUACGGAGCUGACUCAUUUCUCUCUAGAGUACAGGUAUCUGAUCCCGUCAUUGGAUCGAUCCCAUGCUGGCUUUUACCGUUGCAUUGUGAGGAAUCGGGUCGGAGCACUGAUGCAAAGGAGGACAGAAGUCCAGGUGGCAUAUAUGGCAAACUUCGAGAAUGGUGAAAAACAUCUAAGUGUCUCCCAGGGAAAUGCUGCAGUUGUCAGGGCACCAAGAAUUUCUACCUUCCCCCGACCCCAAGUCACAUGGUUCAGAGAUGGCCGGAAAAUCUCACCCAGCAGUCGCAUAGCUAUUACAAUGGAAAACACACUCGUCAUCCUCUCGACAGUGGCACCUGACACAGGAAGAUACUACGUCCAGGCAGUAAAUGAUAAAAAUGGAGAAAACAAAACCAGCCAGCCCAUUACCUUGACUGUGGAAAAUACAGGUGCUCCAGCAGACCCUAUAGCUCCAGUUAUAGUCAUCUCACCAAAAAAUACAAGUGUGGUCUUUGGGUUCCCUGAGGUUACAAUGGAAUGUGUGGCCAAUGCCAGGCCACUAAUUAAGCUAAGUAUUAUCUGGAAGAAAGAUGGGGUGCAGUUGAGAAGUGGAUUCAGCGAUUACCACCGGAAACUGACCAUCCUACACCCGAAAUUGCAUGAUGCUGGGUACUAUGAGUGUGAAGCAAUUCUCCGAAGCAGUAGUGUUCCUUCAGUCACUGCAGGGGCCUUCUUGUCAGUGCUAGAGCCACCACAGCUAAUUCUGGAACCAGAGCGUCACAUUACAGUUGAGAUUGAGAAAGUGGUGGAUAUUCCAUGUCAAGCUCAAGGUGUUCCAUUGCCAGUGAUAUAUUGGUAUAAAGAUGCAAUACAGAUCACAAGGUUAAAUGUCCCCAGAUACAAGGUGCUGUCCAACGGCAGCCUGCAGAUCAAUGGACUGAUGCCUGAUGACACUGGCAUGUUCCAGUGUUUUGCUAGAAACGAUGCUGGUGAGGUGCAAACUUUCACCUAUCUUGCUGUUACCAGUAUUCCUCCCAACAUUACUAAGGGACCAUCAGACAGCACAGUGAUUGAUGGGCUAUCAGUCAUCCUUUCUUGUGAAACGUCAGGCGCACCACGGCCAGCAAUCACCUGGCAGAGGGGAGAGAAAGUGCUUGCUAGUGGGUCUGUCCAAUUACCUCGCUUUACACUGCUGGAAUCUGGCAGCCUUCUAAUCAGCCCUUCCCACAUCUCAGAUGCCGGGAGUUACACGUGCCUAGCCACCAAUUCUCGAGGAGUGGAUGAGGCGUCUGGAGAUCUCAUUGUGUGGGCUCGUACUCGUAUCACAAAUCCCCCACAGGAACAAAGCGUAAUAAAAGGAACCAUGGCAGUCCUAACCUGUGGUGUGACCCAUGAUCCCAAUGUUGUCAUCAGACAUGUGUGGCAGAAGGAUGGGGCUAUGAUUGAUGUGGACGCUAUUCCACGUAUGCGACUUGAUGAAGCAGGAACAUUGUACAUCUCUCAGACCUGGUCAGGAGAUAUUGGAUUGUACACCUGCAAAGUGCUAUCAGUAGGAGGAAAUGACUCUCGCAGUGCUCAGGUCAGAGUCAGGCAGCUUCCACAUGCUCCAGAGAACCUGGCUGCCCAGCUGAGUACCAGUGAAAAGAGAGCCAUCUCCCUGACAUGGGCAAAAGCAUUUGAUGGCAACAGCCCCCUGAUUCACUAUGUUUUGGAGGUGUCUGAGAACAAUUCCCCUUGGACUGUUCACCUGAUGAAUGUUAACCCAGAAUCAGUGGGGCUGUUGGUCAGGGGACUCAUUCCAGCCAGGUCCUAUCAGUUCCGUAUCUGUGCUGUGAAUGAUGUUGGAAAGAGCCAAUACAGCAGAGAGACCGAGAGGUUGUCACUACCUGAAGAACCACCAAGUGCAUCCCCACAAAAUGUCAUUGCGAGUGGCAGGACCAAUCAGUCUAUUAUGAUUCAAUGGCAGCCACCCCCAGAAAACCAUCAGAAUGGAGCCCUCAAGGGUUACAUUAUCAGGUAUUGCUUGGCAGGUUUACCUGUAGAGCACCAGUAUAAGAACAUCACUAAUUCUGAUGUUAAUAAUUUCUUGCUUGAGGACCUCAUCAUCUGGACCAAUUAUGAGAUUGCUGUUGCAUCCUAUAAUGGGGCUGGUCUGGGAAUCUACAGCCCAACUGUCACGGAAUGGACCCUACAAGGGGUUCCUACAGUGCCUCCAGGAAAUGUGCAUGCUGAAGCCAUUAAUUCCACUACCAUUCGAUUCACAUGGACACCACCCAGCCCUCAGUUUAUUAAUGGAAUUAAUCAAGGUUACAAGCUGUUAGCUUGGGAGCCUGGUCAGAUUGAAGACUUUACUAUGGUGACAGUCCGGCCAAAUUUCCAGGAUAUGGUUCAUGUUGGUUACAUCAGAGGCUUGAAGAAGUUUACAGAAUAUUACACAUCAGUGCUGUGUUUCACUACACCAGGCGAUGGUCCCAAGAGUCUAGCUCAUCUUCUGCGUACACACGAAGAUUACCCUGGCCCAAUUGGACAUCUCAGCUUCACAGAGAUCCUGGACACUUCUCUGAAAGUCAGCUGGAGAGAGCCACAUGAAAAAAAUGGGAUUCUCACAGGUUACCGCAUUUCCUGGGAAGAGUACAAUCGCACUAAUACACGUGUGACACACUACUUGCCUAAUGUGACGCUAGACUACCGUGUUACUGGACUGACUGCUCUCACCACAUAUACCAUUGAAGUAGCAGCCAUGACCUCUAAGGGACAAGGACAGACCUCAUCAUCCACCAUUUCCUCAGGGGUUCCUCCAGAAUUGCCUGGUUCCCCCACAAAUAUAGCCAUUUCGAACAUUGGUCCUCGCACAGUGACUCUUCAGUUUAGACCUGGCUAUGAUGGCAAAACCUCCAUUUCUCAAUGGCAGGUGGAAGCUCAGGUUGGUGUAAUAGGCGAUCAUGAAGAGUGGCUUCUUGUUCAUCAGCUGGCUAAUGAGCCUGAUGCUCGCUCACUAGAAGUUCCCAACCUCAAUCCAUUCACACAUUACAGAUUUCGUAUGAGACAAGUCAACAUUGUUGGAACAAGUCUGCCAAGUCAGUUAUCACGCAAAAUUCAAACACUCCAGGCCCCACCUGAUGUGGCUCCUGCCAAUGUGACUCUGCGUACAGCAAGUGAGACAAGCCUCUGGCUCCGUUGGGUGCCUUUGCCUGAGUCAGAGUACAAUGGGAAUCAGGAAUCUGUUGGUUACAAAAUAAAAUAUGGGAAGUCAGAUGGAAAUGGAUCCACUCUCAUGCACAUUAUCAGUGAUCGAAUUGAACGGGAAUUCACCAUCGAGGAUCUAGAGGAGUGGACUGAAUACAGAGUGCAAGUUCAAGCAUUCAAUGCUAUUGGCUCUGGGCCAUGGAGCCAAGAGGUCAGAGGUCGUACAAGAGAGUCAGUUCCUUCGUCUGGACCAACAAAUGUUUCUUCUCUUGCUCUUAACUCAAACAGUAUCUUGGUCAAGUGGAAUGAGGUUCCACAACAAGAUCGCAAUGGGCUCGUCCUUGGUUAUAAGGUCCUGUACAAGGAGAAGGAUUUGGAGACUCCUAUGCAGAUCCGGACCAUCGAAGGCAACACCACACAUGGUGUUCAACUCGUUGAGUUGGGGAAAUAUGUGCUGUAUGAGAUCCAAGUCCUUGCUUUUACCAGAAUUGGAGAUGGAAUACCAAGCUUCCCAUCCAUACUUGAGAGAACACUGGAUGAUGUGCCUGGACCCCCUGUAGGAAUCCUGUUUCCAGAAGUUCGAACAACAUAUCUGCGUUUAGUCUGGCAGCCUCCAGCGGAACCCAACGGGAUCAUUCUGGCUUACCAGAUAACGUAUCGAUUAAACACAAGCAACACAAACACUGCCACAGUAGACGUGUUGAACCCAAGUGCUCGACAAUAUACAGCAACUGGGCUAAAACCAGAAUGCAGUUACGUCUUCCGCAUUACAGCUCAGACUCGCAAAGGAUGGGGUGAAGCAGCAGAGGCCUUGGUGGUAACAACAGAAAAGAGAGCUCACCCACAACCUCCCAGCAAACCUUCCAUACUACAACAGGAUGUUCAAUCACGUAGCGUACUGCUGUCCUGGGAACCAGGCAGUGAUGGUCUGUCUCCAGUUAGGUACUACACCAUCCAAACUCUAGAGCUACCUGAUGGAAACUGGUCACUCCACUCAGCUUCAGUGAGCCAUGAAUCUACUACAUAUCUUGUAGACAGGCUGAAGCCCUUCACCUCAUACAAGUUCCGUGUGAAAGCAACUAAUGACAUUGGAGACAGUGAAUAUAGUGAGGAGUCUGAUUCUGUCACAACGCUGCAGGCUGCACCAGAUGAGGCACCUGAAAUUCUUUCCGUGACACCACACACCACAACCUCGGUAAUGAUUCGUUGGCAGCCACCCGUAGAAGAGAAGAUUAAUGGAAUCCUCUUGGGGUACCGGAUUCGCUACCGAGAAUUAGUUUAUGACAGUUACAGAAGCUUUAUCCUUCGCAGUGUGAGCAAUCCCAAUGCUAAAUGGUCUGAACUCACACAUCUGAGCAAGCACAGACGCUAUGAAAUCAGAAUGAGCAUCUACAAUGCAGUGGGGGAGGGGCCGACCAGCCCACCUCAUGAAGUGUUCGUAGGUGAAGCAGUUCCCACUGCACCAGCUCAAAAUGUGCAGGUGCAAAGCUCAACAGCAACACAGCUGGACCUGACCUGGGACCCUCCCCCACCUGAAGCACAGAAUGGAGACAUGCAGGGAUAUAAGAUUUACUACUGGGAAUUCCAGCGGCAGAAUGAGACAGAAAAAUUGAAGACUCUCUUCCUCCCUGAAACCAAUGUGAAACUGAAGAAUCUAACAGGGUACACUACCUACCUGAUCAGUGUGAGCGCAUUUAAUGCUGCUGGUGACGGUCCUAGAAGUACACCUAUCAGGAGUCGGACACAACAAGCAGCUCCAAGUGCUCCAGGCUACAUACGAUUCAGUGAACUGACAACGACCUCUGUGAAUGUGUCCUGGGGAGCACCAAAAUAUCCAAAUGGAAUAAUUGAAGGAUAUCGGCUAGUUUACGAGCCUUGCACACCUGUCGAUGGAGUCAGUAAGAUUGUAACUGUGGAUGUGAAGGGAAGCAGUCCUCGAUGGAUGAAAAUAAAAGACUUAUCAGAUGGUGUGACUUACACUUACCGAAUCAAAGCAAAAACUUACACAUAUGGACCAGAAAUUGAGGCAAACAUCACCACUGGACCAGGAGAAGGUGCUCCUGGCCCCCCAGGUGAGCCAUUGAUCUAUAGGUAUGGAUCAGCUAUUACUAUUCAUUGGUCCAGUGGAGACGCCGGCAAGGCACCAAUCAGCCGAUAUGUUAUUGAGGCGAGACCAUCAGAUGAAGGAUUGUGGGAUAUUCUAAUUAAGGAUGUUCCUAAGGAAGUGACCUCAUACACCUUUGGCAUGGACAUCCUGAAACAAGGCGUGAGCUAUGAUUUCCGAGUCAUAGCAGUGAAUGAUUAUGGAUAUGGAACGCCUAGCUCCCCUUCUCCAUCUGUUUCAGCUCAAAAUGCAGCCCCAUUUUAUGAGGAGUGGUGGUUCUUAGUGGUUAUUGCCUUGGUUGGACUCAUCUUUAUCCUUCUAUUGGUGUUUGUGCUGAUAAUCCGUGGACAAAGCAAAAAAUACACAAAAAAAACAGAUUCAGGGAACAACACAAAGGCUGGCGCACUGGCUCAUGAAGAAAUCAUGAGCCUAGACAAUGGACGGUUCCCAGCACUGGAACUCAACAACAGACGACUUUCAGUGAAGAAUUCCUUCUGUAGAAAGAAUGGUAUCUACAACAGAUCUCCUCCACGGCCAAGUCCCGGUAGCCUCCACUACUCAGAUGAGGAUGUCAGCACGAAAUACAAUGACCUAAUCCCAGCAGAGAGCAGCAGCCUGACCGAGAAACCCUCUGAAAUAUCAGACUCUCAGGGAAGUGAUAGCGAAUGUGAAGUUGAUCAAAACAGACCGAAGACACAUUCUUUUGUUAAUCACUACAUAAGUGAUCCAACAUAUUACAACUCAUGGAGACGGCAGCAGAAAGGCAUCUCAAGAAUUCAGGCCUACAGUUACACAGAGAGUGAAUCAGGUGAUCCAGGUCAUAACCACCAACCUUCCACUAAUUCAACCAGCAACAUCCAUGUUCCUCAGGCCACUCAGCAAGGCAGCCUCUACCGAGCUAAGCGGAGUCUUACACCCACACUCCAACAUCCCUCCAGUAACACCAGCCAGUCGGGCACCUUGUAUCGGCCUGCUAGCAGCCUUGCUCCAGGAUCUAGAACCCCACUAGCAGGAUUUUCUUCUUUUGUUUAAAUACUGCUAAAAGGUGUUUCCUUCUUAGUUCUGAAGCGAUAUUGUGUGGAAGACAAUCAGUGAUCUGCUGCUUGCAAUCUUGCACAGAUUUUAUUCAUGGAAAAAACACAAUUGAAAGGAAAAAAAAUUACAAGACCAUCCUGUGUAACAUCCUGUCAUGGUCUGAGGAGAAAGGUCUCUAGCAACUACAAAAGAAAUGGAGGGGCAGACAGUUGCCACUUGGAACUAGUCAUGCUAUCCCAAUGGGUUUACAUUCUGAUCAGCUGAGAGGUGUAUGAAUCUUAUGUAUGUCUAUACACAUUGGGAGAAAAAUAUAACCUCAUACCAUAGUAGCCAAUUGGUCAAGUCAAAAAAUCUAGUGGCUGUUGUUAAUUUCAACGUGCCCAUUAUAUAUAAACCAGUAGGUUUACUUUAGUUGCUAUCCUGGCUAUUUGCAACUAUUUUUAUUGACUAGUUUUCAUUUUAUUACUGCUGCAUGACUGCGACAGUGUGACUCCUCAAUAAGCUUGUAUAAUUUAUCUGUUAUCAAAUAUAUAUUGAUAAGUUUAACUUUUUUUAUAUUUUCUUCAGACAAAUCUUCAGAUUUAUAUCUGAAGCUUUGAAAAAGUCUGCCUUUCCUUUGUCUGUUAACUUGUGAGUUGUCAUUCACAAAGACAAAAACUGUUUGCAUGAAUCACAAGACAUUAAUGGCCAUGUCUCUGUAAAGUCACAGUCAUGUGAUGCAAGAUUUUUUUUUCUCAAUGGGUUCUUACAAAAUGCAAGCUUUCUCUCAAAAGUAAGGCAAGCUAUCUGUUUUUGGGUUUAAAGUAGGAGAAAUGGCAAAGAGAUAUCGCAUCAGUAGAAGUUAAUGGGUGACGACUGUCAAUAGAUUUUCUUACACAGUAUAACUGUUUCCGAAGCAAAGAUUUCACUAUUCUAAUGGCAUGAAUCAAGAACAUUUGGUCUUAGCUAAUGGACAUUUCUUCCCCCAUUUCUUCUGCCCCUAAAUUUGAUCAUGCAGUGGUUGCAAAAAAUAGUAUCAAAUGCAAAUUAAUUAAUUACUGACAAAUCUCUUACUAUGUUCAUAAAUUCAAAAAUAAUUUAGGCAUAAAUUUUUCAAGUUCAGUAAUCAGUCUCAUACCAUUACCACAUUUUUGGAAAGAGUCUGGUAUAAUUGUUUCUCCAUUCAACUUGAUUUCUUCUACACAGAGAUGUUGCUGCAGAUGCAAAGAAUGACAUAGUAAUGUCAUGCGGGGCCAUUGUCCUAGAUGUGAAGAACAACAAAAUAGCAUUACAUGAGGGCUUUGUCAUUGCUAUGAAGAACAAAAUUUAGUUAAAUUGGGACAUUGUUCUAGCAAUGAGCAACAAAAUAGGAAUAGUAUGUGGGGAUAUUCUUGUGCCUGUUACAAACAAUGUCAUAACUAAAGGAGUCACAGGCAGUCCCAUUCUACUUUUCACAACUGCUCUUAGCAAAUUUCAAUUGAAAGCAAAUUCAUGCAACAAGGAAAACAGUUGGACUCUUGGGAAAAAACUAAUUUUAAUUUAUACAGAUUACAUUAUGAACUUUCAAAAAUUAAUGUAUUGUGGGCAGAUGUCAUUGUGACCUUCCACUACUCAUGAAAAAAAAAUCAGUUUUACUUUCUCAUUUUUUCCAACCUACAGACAGUUGUAAAAACAUGAUUCAGCACAGCAGUGAUUUUAGUCUGACCAUAUUGGCUAGAUAGCAUAGUACUUCUUUUAUCAGAUAAGAAAGUCGGAUGCCAUAUAAACUACCAUUCACUUCCAAAUUUACAUUGAAGUUGAUUUGUAAUGUCAGAGGGAUAUAUAUCUUUAAAUACCAACAGAGUGUUCUCUUGCAUGGUAUUUUGUGACUUGAGGGUGGAUUAUGGCCUUCAGGUCAGAGCAUAGUCAUUUGUAUCAAAUAUUGAUGUUUAUUAUUAAAUGAAAAUACAGGAAAA